AGUUUGACUUUCUGCUCUUCAUCAAUAUCUUAGAACUCUCCUCUCUCUUUCUCUCCCCUCUCUUUUGAAUACGGACUAGAUACACAGAAGAACACACCAACAAAGAGGGGUACAUCAUGCUCAGGUUGACCAAAUCUCUCGGUCUGAGAACAUCCACGAGGAGUAGGAAUCUUACUAGAGGGUAUGUCGUCGCUAGUCAGACACAUAGGGCUCAAGAGGCUACUGAUUUCGGUCAGAAGAAAGGGUAUCCCAUUAUUGACCAUGAGUUCGACGCUGUUGUUGUAGGAGCAGGAGGUGCUGGUCUUCGAGCGGCUUUCGGUCUGGCCGAGGGAGGUUUAAAAACUGCAUGUAUUACGAAGCUUUUCCCUACUAGGAGUCAUACCGUCGCUGCGCAAGGAGGAGUCAAUGCUGCUUUAGGCAAUAUGACAGAGGAUGAUUGGCGAUGGCACAUGUACGACACUGUUAAAGGGUCCGAUUGGUUAGGGGAUCAAGAUGCUAUACAUUACAUGUGUAGAGAGGCCCCCAGUACAGUCAUCGAACUCGAACACUUUGGUGUACCUUUUUCUCGAACCAAAGAAGGUAAAAUCUAUCAAAGAGCCUUCGGCGGACAAUCUUUAAAUUUCGGCAAAGGCGGCCAAGCUUAUCGUUGCGCUGCAGCGGCCGAUCGAACCGGUCAUGCUAUCCUUCACACACUUUACGGUCAAUCACUUCGACACAACACUAAUUUCUUCAUUGAAUAUUUCGCUAUCGACCUUUUGAUGCAAGAUGGUGAAUGUGUCGGUGUACUCGCUCUCAACAUGGAAGAUGGGACCCUUCAUAGGUUCAGAUCUCACAAGACUGUUCUCGCUACUGGAGGUUAUGGACGAGCGUAUUUCAGUUGCACCAGUGCACACACUUGUUCAGGAGAUGGUAACGCUAUGGUUGUGAGAGCUGGAUUACCAUUGCAAGAUUUGGAAUUUGUGCAAUUUCAUCCUACUGGAAUUUACGGUGCGGGCUGUUUGAUCACGGAGGGAUCACGAGGUGAAGGCGGUUACCUACUCAACUCUGAAGGAGAGCGAUUCAUGGAACGUUACGCGCCCACCGCAAAAGAUCUUGCGUCUCGUGAUGUCGUCUCUCGAUCCAUGACCCUAGAAAUCAGAGAAGGACGUGGGGUUGGUCCUGAUAAGGAUCACAUUUAUCUUCAGCUUAGUCAUUUGCCACCUGAAGUACUCCACGAACGUCUGCCUGGUAUUUCAGAAACGGCUGCUAUCUUCUCGGGUGUAGACGUCACCAAAGAGCCCAUCCCGGUGCUACCUACCGUUCACUACAACAUGGGCGGUAUACCUACCAAAUAUACCGGAGAGGUCCUCACUGUCGACGAAAAGGGUAAAGACAAGGUUGUCCCUGGAUUAUACGCCGCAGGAGAAGCCGCUUGCGUCUCUGUUCACGGUGCCAAUCGUCUAGGCGCCAACUCUCUCCUUGAUAUCGUAGUCUUCGGUCGAGCAUGUGCCAAUCACAUCAAAGAAACCCUUGAGCCUGGUAAACCUCACAAGCCUAUGCAAGGUGAUUUGGGCAAGAAGAGUAUAGAUGAAUUGGACAACAUCCGGACUUCGAGCGGACCGUUAUCGACUGCGAAGAUUAGAUUGGAUAUGCAGAAGACUAUGCAGACGGAUGCGGCCGUGUUCAGAACUCAAGAGUCCCUCGAUGAAGGUGUGAAAAAGAUGAGCGACGUGUACAAGUCGUAUGAUCAAGUCGGAAUCAAAGACCGUAGCAUGAUCUGGAACAGUGAUCUGAUCGAAACGCUUGAACUGAGGAACAUCAUGCAAUGCGCCAUGCAAACUGUAGUGUCUGCCGCGGCGCGAAAAGAGUCUCGUGGUGCUCAUGCAAGAGAAGACUUCCCGGAACGAGACGAUGAACAUUGGAUGAAACAUACUUUAUCGUUUCAACACGAUCCAACUUCACCUAAAGUCGAUUUACAAUACCGAAGUGUGAUCGCUACUACGUUGGACGAGAAUGAGUGCAAACCUGUACCACCUUUCAAGCGUACUUAUUAGUGUAUCACUUGGCAUGGAGCUAUGUUUGUUGAGCGACGAGAUGACCGAUAAAGAUCGACAUUGUACGACGCGGCAGAUCCACCUUGUCAGUUUAUGCGAUGCAUAUCGUCGUCAUGUUUCU